UUAAGCACAGUAAUCUGGUAAACCCUAGAAUUGCUAGUCGCCGGGCAACCUCAGCAACGCGUUAAACUACAGCGCGGUUUGAGCUCCCCGGUUUGUAAGCCAGUCUUGUGGGCUGCGUUACUGGACGUGUCCUGAGACACUGAAACUCAUAACAACGCGCGUUUGUCACGAACACCAGUGUAGUUCACAUUGCGCGUAUAUGCUUGCGGGGAUGGCGCCAGGUAUGAUGAUUUCGUUCGUCGCUCUUGCCACUCUGCUGGCAUGGCGGGGUGCUGAGGCGUACCCGCGCUUUUGGUAUGACUCUGACUAUCUUAUCGCAUACGGCUACGGGCCGGAUGCGGGAUAUGAUUGGUCGGUGUUCCCCGAGCGCAACUGUUUUAAUUAUCCCACCACGGCAUACACGGGCUUCUACCCGGCCCACAGCAGCCCUUACACAGACAGCUCUAUCGGCCUGGCUUUUGCGCUGUCCGACGGCUCCGCUGUCACAGCGCUGUGCCCCGGGGCCACGCACACCGUGACGCUGUCCUUCCCCAACCCGCGGCUGGCGUUGCUCACGACCAACCCCCCGGUCACCUUCACCUCGCCCAAGCCCGCCACCUCCGACUGCCCCGGCCGCGUGGACCUGGGAGGCUCCAGUGACGCCAACGAGGCCACCUCCUUUGACGGCACCUUCACCGUGCCCUGCAGCGCCCAGGGCAGCUCUGUCGUGUUCGCCGUGACCAGCGCCGGCACCUCCGCCCGCCGCUGGGCCCAGGCGCAGGCAACCCUGGCUGUGGCUGACGCGGCGUCGGCUCAGUGCGCGGCCGUGUCUACCACCUGCGUGGCCGCCGUGCCGGACCCCUCUCCCGUCGCCGAACCCUCCCCGGAACCAGCUGUCGAGCCGUCACCUGAGCCCGAGCCUUCUCCUUCACCCGCGCCCGAGCCCGAGCCCUCACCCUCACCCGCACCUGAGUCCCAGCCGGAGCCUUCCCCCGCGCCCAAGCCCCAGCCAGCACCCUCUCCCGCCUCGUCCUCGUCUCCAUCCUCCGCAUCUCCCUCAAAGUCCUCCAAGCCCGCGCCCCCGCCCAGACGCCAGCCCAGCAAGCUCCACACGGCGGGCGGCCGCCGCCACCCGCCACCGACCCGGCGGCCGCCGCCGCGCCGCGGCUAGGGAGCCGAUAGCCGCAAGCAUUGGCGAUCGCCUGCCUGCUUGGGCCUAGUCAGGCGCUGACACCAGUGACAGCUAGGUAGAGCACACGGCUGUAUGCAUGGUACCUCGUUGGUUGCAUGUGGUAGUGGCUAGCAGGGGUACCCACAAGGGCUAGUUGGCCAGAAGCAGAGCCGGGAGGGCUGGGCCGGGGCCGCACGCGUGCCAAAUGAACACAGGUAGGUCUGGCGUCCUGGCGUGCAUAGCACGAUCGGCCCUAGGCAGGCCUAGCUUGCUGUCUGCAACGAGCGUUGAUCAUGUGCUGAAGUGCUGUGCGGCUCUAGGGCUCAAGUGCUAUAGUUGGUGACAGGGGAGGUGGACGAGGAAUAGAGAGUGCGGAUGCUGCAGCGCUGUCAAGAGGGCUGGUGCAGGUGUGUAGGGCCGCGGGAAACCGUGUUGCCUUCUGAUUGUACCAGGCGUUCACUCCGCGCCGACCGGUUGAAUCACAGUGCGGUUGCAGGCCAUUCCGGCUUGAGCAGCUUUCAGGCAGGGUGGUGCUGUUGAUUGCACUGCGAUGGUACGGGUCGGCCGUGCUGGCAGGUGCGCACACACUUGCAGAGACAGGCUGAUAGAGACGUGACCCGCCGGUGAUGCACCCGCUGCUGACCAUAUCGUUUUUGGCUUCUUUUGCCCC